AUGCAUCGCCUGGCCCAAGCGACUCUCAGAGGCCGCCUCGCGCCAUGUGGGCAUCUUCUGCCCAUGCUGCCGAGGUCGGUGAGACUCAUGGCCGAGACGAGCGGAGGAGCUUCCAGCUCGAAGGCGGAGCUUCCGCAGGCGCAGGCACCUAGCACGGAGACAGACAAGAAGGAGGAGCGCAAGCCCAUGGGCUGGGGCCUCUUCUUCGUAUAUUUGUCCAGUGGUUUUGGCAGCCUCACUUUUCUGUACUACUUCUACAAGGCCCGCUACAGCUUCCAUCAGACCGAGAUUCUGAUGGUGGAUGCUCUGCGAAGGCUUCCCUUCUAUUGGCCCCCUGCGUCGCGGGCGGGGGAGAUGAAUUCCCGCACCGAUGCGGAAGGUUUGCCGGAUGACCUCAAGACCGCCUUCUGCGAAUGGUUUGUGGCGACAGAUUUGGAGGAGCCCAAAGGAGUGACUCGCGAUGAUGUACUUGAGCUUAUCAAUGAGCUUGGGUACAGCGAAAAGGCGCAGCCAGCCAAGGAUUUCCUCUAUCGCGGUGAAGGGCAAAUCGAAGAGAAGAGGCGCAUGACCUGCGCGGGCCUGCAGGAGUCCCUGACUCUGCUUUGCACGCUGCGGAGGGAUGCCGAGGCUUUGCCAAAGGCGGAGGCCAAGGAGGGCGAAGAAGUGGCACCGCCCAAGCCGGACACGGAGGCCUUGGGCAUCCUGCGCCGGAAAGUGAGGCGGUCGUCUUCGAUGCUCAACAGCGCCGAAACGCUGCAGGCCGCCAUGGCAGGCGCCGACGCCGCUUCCUUUAUGGGCGACUUCCCGCGGCCGCGGUAUUUGGUGGUCUUCGCCGAGAACGCGAGCGAGGACCUGACAAUCCACGUGAAAAAAUGGCUGACCAGUGCUGGGCUGCUGGUCGAGCUGGACGGUUUGGGCGCGGCCAUGAUCAAGAGGCCGCCCUUUCUAGUGGUGAGCAGCGACCGGGAGAGUUUGGAGUUGGAGGCCGAGCGCCUGGGUUACCUCAAGCCUCACAGGGCCCUGGCGCCGUUCAUCCCGGGCCAAGGCUUGGGCAAGAUCGAGUUUGAGACACGUCCAGAAGAAUGGGUGCGAGGCUACGAGGGCUACGAGCGUCCGGAUUUCUGGCAGCCGGGGGAGCGGAUUCAGCUUCUGCGGCACCGGCUGGAACAAGUGCCCGCGCCCGUGGAGGAGCUGCGGGAGCUGCAGGUGUCCAACCCCACGGCCCUGGCGGUCACCGAGAGCCUUCUGAAGGCUCUGCGCAUCGCUGGCCAGCUGGAAGCUCUGGUGCCUUUGGAUGACGACUUCGGAAGGGAGCGGCGUGCUAUGUGGAAGGAGGCCAUUUGGAUGGCUGACUCCCCGGUGGACCGGAUCGAGGCUUACUUCGGCUCAGAGGUGGCCCUCUACUUUGCCUGGCUGAAUCACUUCACUUACUGGUUGCUGGCCCCUGCUGGCGUCGGGCUGGCCUGCUUCUUGCGCAUGCAUUACUUCGGGUACACGGUGGACGACGACCCCUACAUGCCGUUCCACUCCCUCUUCGUGGUCUUUUGGGCCGCCUGCUUCGUGCGGUGCUGGGAUCGUUUCUGCGCAGCAAAGGCCUGGCAGUGGAACGUCCACGGCCUGGACAAGAGGCCGGACGAGCACCGCCCAGAGUUUCGGGGCCCUUUGCACACCAGCCGCGUCACCGGUCAGCCGGAGAGGCACUAUCCCUACAGCAAGCGGUUGUUCGCCUACCUGCUGUCGGUGCUGGUGACAUCCCUCAUGCUGAUGAUAGCCUUCUGGGUGAUGAUUUGCUCGCUGAAUUUGCAGGGGUACAUGGAGACAAAUGCCACCUCCUUUGAACAGGUGUUUUACAUUGCUCCGCUGGCUCGUCUGUCGCACACGGGUGCCAUCUUCGAUCCGCACCAGACUGAAUAUUUCGGUUUGCUGGCAUUCGGGCCAGUCGCGCUUCACGUCCUAGCAAUCAUGCACCUGAACAAGAUCUAUCGGUUUGUCGCCGAAUGGCUGACCGUCAACGAGAAUCACAGGCUCUUGGAGCAGCAUCAGAGCUCCUUGAUUGCCAAGAGGUUCCUGUUCGACGCCUUUGAUUGCUACAUCUCGCUCUUCUACGUUGGCUUUGUGCAGCAGGAUAUUCGAAAGCUGCGCCAAGAGCUGAUUUGCCUGUACGGUGUGGAUAGCCUUCGGAGAGUUCUGCUGGAGAGCAUCAUCCCCCUGGUCCUGGAGCAGAUCAGCAAGAGGCGCAUCUCCAAGAAGGCCCUGGAGCUGAAGAGGUCGGAGCAGGCCCACUUCAUCGAGGCACUGGAGGUGUUGGACCAGCCCUUGUACGAGCAGUUCGACGACUUCCUGGAAAUGGUGAUCGAGUUCGGCUACGUGACGCUCUUUGCGUCGGCAUUUCCCCUGGCUGCGGCGCUCUCUGUGGUCAGCAACAUGGUGGAGCUGAAGUCGGACAUGUUCAAGCUGGCGGUGGUGUACCAGCGUCCCAUCUCCCACCGCGUCAGCUCCAUCGGGAUCUGGGGACAGCUGCUGCAGAUCAUCAUGAGCAUCUCAGUGCUCACCAACGUGAUGAUCUUCUCCAUGAGCGAGCAAUUGGCCUCCUGGGCGCCGUGGCUCUACAAGGAGGCGAGCUUUGAGGAUGUGCGCGCAGGACGCUUGGCGUCGGUCCUCGAUGCAGUGACGGGUACAAAGGAUCUGGUCAUUCGUGAGGGUGCGGGGCGCUACGUGAUCUUCGCGGCGGCGGUUCUGGAGCACAUCGUGGGCGUCGCUGUGUUCAUCCUCAUGAUCUCGAUUCCCUGCCAACCUGACUGGGUCACCUCUGAGAUCCAGCGCACCAAGCACUUCCAACGCACUCGCGCUGCUGCUGCUGGCGAAGAGAAGUGA